AUGUCGAAUCGGCAGGGCAUCUGGCACAAGACUUCGUUCGAUGUCGCUAAUGAGCGGCAGACGACAAUCCAGACAACGGUCGCCGUUGCAGGCCAAAAGCGUCCACAUUCGUACCUAGUUGACCAUGGAGAUACCACCGUCUCUGUUGCUCCGGCGGAGCGGCCGAAUAUACAAAGCCCGCCUCCUCCUCGGCCUCGGCAUUACGUUGCUCUCGCCAAGGAGGUGACUCGGAUUGCUGCUAGCUCGAUAAACCACGUCUUUCCGGCAGCCGAUGCGGGGAUUUCCGACUACUCGCAGCGCAGGGAGAUCCAGGCGACCCCGACGGCCACCAUCGACCCCCUGCUCUCGCUUUCACACCCGCUUUACGGCCUCCCGCGACAGCUGGUUGACAAUUUUGCUUCUCUUGGGAUAAAGUCCAUUUACCCCUGGCAGAAGCUGUGCUUGCUCGGCCCGGGCCUCCUCGAUGGCGAAAAGAAUCUCGUCUACACCGCUCCCACCGGUGGCGGGAAAAGCCUCGUGGCAGAUUUGCUAAUGCUCAAGCAGAUAGUCCAAAACCCAGGGUCCAAGUCACUUCUGGUACUCCCGUAUGUUGCUCUAGUGCAGGAAAAGGUGCGGUGGCUCCGUGGCAUCGUCCGCGGUAUCGCGCACGGUGGAGCCACGGAGACGAAGGAUGCCAGAGAGAACAGUAUCUGGCGCCGACGCGCCGACGAAGACACAAUCAGGGUUGCUGGCUUUUUCGGAGGCAGUAGCAUGAAGUACACCUGGUCAGACUUCGACAUUGGCGUGUGUACGCUUGAGAAGGCAAAUGCCCUUGUCAACACGGCCAUCGAAGACUGCUCAAUCAACAAGCUGGGAGUCGUUGUCCUCGACGAACUUCAUAUGAUCGAUGACGAUUAUAGAGGCUAUCUUUUCGAGCUCCUGGCCACUAAGCUCUUAUGUCUUGAGCAACCUAUACAAAUCGUCGGCAUGAGCGCUACCCUAGCAAAUGCCAACUUGCUCUCUACCUGGCUGGGUGGGCACUCAUAUGAAACUCACUAUCGCCCAGUUCCUAUCGAAGAGCAUCUAGUGUGUGACGGAAGUGUCUACCCGGCAGCCACCACGAGCAACAUGAUACGGACAGCCAGCCAAAUCGACGGAGAGCACCGCCGACCAUCGCAGGCGCUCAGCUGCCCAACGAGAAAGAUUGACGCGUCCUCUCACAAGGAGCUUAAGGACCCUGUCCUCAACGCUGUGGUCGCCCUGGCUAACGAGACGGCCAGAUCGGGAUACGGAGUGUUGGUCUUUUCCGGCAGUCGCGCUAUGUGCGAGUCCGAUGCCAUGCUGAUUAGCAGGACGAUGCCCACCCUGGCUGAAGUCGAUCAAGUUGCCAUGGAUCGAAGAAGAGAGCUUCUCGCAGACCUGCAAGAUCUCAACUGUGGUUUAGACCCCGUGCUCCUUCAGACCAUCCCAUACGGAGUCGCUUUUCAUCGAUUGACGUCGGAAGAGCGUGACCUCGUUGCCAAGGGGUACGAUGGCGGCAUCUUGAAAGUGUGUAUCGCUACCUGCAGUCUUGCCGCGGGUAUAAAUCUGCCUGCCCGGCGAGUGAUACUCCACAACGCACGCAUGGGGCGGGAACUUGUCGGUCCAUCGAUGCUGCGUCAAAUGAGAGGCAGGGCCGGCAGAAAAGGCAAAGACGAGGUUGGGGAGACGUAUCUAUGUUGCCGGGCCACCGAUUUGGAAGACGUUUUGGGUCUCAUGCACGCCGAACUCCCGCAUGUGAGAAGCUCUUUGAUGACGGAUCGACAAAGGAUCCAACGCGCACUUUUGGAAGUGAUUGCUAUAAAACUAGCCGCCGGGCGGGCGUCCCUGGACGACUAUAUCCGCAAGACAUUGCUCGCACAAACCACCGACCUCACGACUAUCGAUUCUCUCGUUGAGACUUCGCUUGAGAACCUCCAGAAGAUGGGCUUCAUUAUCAUGGACGACCAUUCCGACUUUCAAGCAACCCAACUUGGCAAGGCAAUCGUUGCCAGUGCCCUCGAUCCAGAGGAUGGCGUCUUUGUCCAUAAAGAGCUGAAGAAGGCUUUAAAGGCUUUCGUAAUGGAUGGCGAUAUGCACAUCCUGUACACCUUUACCCCAGUGUACGACUUUGCGGCUGAUAUAAACUGGCGCGUCUUCUGGAACGAAAUGGAGGCACUCGACGAAAGCGGCCUCCGCGUUCUGAAGCUCCUUGGGCUUAAACCGACCGAGGUUACCAGGAUGAUGCAGGGCGGCCAGCUCCGAGAGUCGACCGAGGAGGAGAAGGAACUCGCUCGGGUGUACCGCAGGUUCUAUGUUGCAUUGCAGCUGCGAGAUCUCUGCAACGAAGUGCCAGUACAUGUCGUCGCCAGAAAGUACGAUGUGCCCCGAGGCGCGGUGCAGAAUUUGGCGCAAAACUGCCAGGGGUUUGCUGCCGGCAUGGUCAAGUUCUGCCAGCACAUGGAUUGGGGCGCCCUGUCGUCCGUUCUGGACCACUUCUCCGAUCGGCUCAAAGCAGGAGCAAAGGCCGACCUGCUCUCUCUGGCACAGAUCACUUUUGUCAAGAGUCGCACAGCCCGGGUCUUUUGGGACAACGGCUUCAAAACCGUCGUUUCCAUCGCCAACACCGACCCUAAAGAACUUGUCCCGAUCCUGAUGCAGGCCCAGCCUAACAAAAUCCGUUCAGGGACCAAGGACGAACAGCAGUACAAGGACAAACUUUUGAUUAAGGCGCAGGCCAUUGUCGACUCGGCAAACAAACUCUGGCAGCGGGAAAUGCAAGAGCAGCUUUUCGAGGAAGAAUGA